CGCGGAAGCUCCCGGCGUGCCCCGCCCGGACCCCGGCUCCCAGCGGGCAGCGCGGCCACUACGGGGGCCGGGGGGGGCCAUGGGACGGGCCGCCAUGGCGCGCGUGGCGCACGUCGUGGCCGACACCGGCGCCUUCCUGAGCGCCGCCCCACUGCAGGACAUCGCGCAGCACCUGUACACCGUGCCCGAGGUGCUGGCCGAGAUCCGUGACAGGCCGACCCGCCGCCGCCUCGCCGCGCUGCCCUGCGAGCUGCGCCUCCGCCGCCCGCGGCCCGACCUCCUGCGCCUCGUGACCGAGUUCUCCAAGAAGACCGGCGACUACCCCAGCCUGUCGGCUGCCGACCUGCAGGUGCUUGCUCUCACCUGCCAGCUGCAGGCCGAGACCGACGGCCCCGGCUGCCUGCGCUGGGAGCCCCAGGACAAGGUGCGGCUGAGCUCCACCCCGCGGCACCCCGAGGCCCCCCUGCACCUCGCCGGCUUCCACCUGCCCGCCAAGCACAAGCGCCUGGGGAAGGGUCAGCGUCGUCCCAGCCCCGAGAGGAGCGUGGUCCCACCUGAGUGCGAUGAGUUCAGCUCCUUCCUCUACUGGCGAGCCCCCCUGCCCAGCAUCGAGGAGGAGCUGCAGGAGCUGCUGAAAGCUCAAGCCAUCUCCGUUAGCCCAGAGCCCACUGAGGAGCACCAGAGCUCUGACAAUGGGGCCAGUGCUGAUGAAGAGGAGGACAAUGAGGAGAGCGACGAUGAGGGUUGGAUAACACCUAGCAAUCUCAAGCAGGUCCAGCAGGACAGGGGGCACUGUGACACUGCUCCCGUCGGUAUCCAGGUCGGCUGCGUCACCACUGAUUUUGCCAUGCAGAAUGUGCUGCUGCAGAUGGGCCUCCACGUGCUGGCAGUGAACGGCAUGCUGAUCCGCCAGGCCAGGAGCUACAUCCUCCGCUGCCAUGGCUGCUUCAAGACCACUUCAGACAUGACCAAGGUUUUCUGUGCCCACUGCGGUAACAAGACCCUGAAGAAGGUGGCAGUGAGCGUCAGCGAUGACGGGAGCCUCCACAUGCAUUUCUCUCGCAACCCCAAGGUGCUGAACCCCCGGGGGCUCAGGUACCCACUGCCAGCCCCGCGAGGAGGGAAGCACGCCAACAACCCUCACCUGGUGGAAGACCAGCCCUUCCCACAGCAGCGGCUGUCCCGCAAGGCCAGGCAGAAAACCAAUGUCUUUGACCCCGACUACAUCGCCAGUGUCUCACCCUUUGUGGAAAAUGACGUCUACAGCCGCGCAGCCAAUCUGCAAAUCCGGGACGCAGCCCUGGGUGCUGGCAGGAGGCGCCUCAAUCCCAACGCUGUGACAAAGAAGUUUGUGAAGAGGAGGUGAAGGGCUGGUCGGGGCCCACCACAGCCUGUGCUGCAGGGGAAGGACCAGCCGCCCGUGCUUUGCGUGUUGCUGCCUAGUAGCUCCGGUGGGGCAAGGGCUCUCCCAACGCCCUUCUGAGAACAGCCGCCCUGGGCAGGGGCCGGGGCCUUUCCUGCCAUGCUUCUCUGGUGCCUGAAGAGCAGCAGUGACUGGGGUGGGAGUUGUUGGGUUUGGAGGUGCCUGCCAGAGCCGGGGGGAAGCAGGCCGUGGUAGCAGCAUCCCUCCUUGGCCCCUGGCAAUGCCAGCAUUGCUAAUAAACACAAAACCCGGCA